UGUUGCCUACUUCCUGGUGUUUAUGCUGACAGGUUGUACUAUUGGUUCGAUUAAUACACGGGAAUGGACGUUUUAAUGAUCAUCUUCUUUGUAGAAAUAUUAUGUUCAUAUGGAUAUGACGAUUUAUCAAAAGGCCAGAACGCAAACCAAUUUCCGAUUUGGUCUUGCAAACCUUCUUCUAUAUGUGCAGCAAACAAUGCAGUUGACAGAAUCUACAGUACAUGUAUAGGGACAGAUAAAAUUGGUCCUACCUCCCCGGAGAAGACAACAUGGUGGUUUGUGAAUCUUGGUGAUGUUUACAGCAUAUACAGUGUCCGAAUACUUUUUAAAGAUCAUGGACCCACAUACGUGAUGCGACAAAGAGGUCGUUUAGCAGGAUUUUCCAUCUAUUUAUCUAUGCCUUCAACCAAGAGAGAUGAGUUUCUCUGCCAUAAAAAUGAACCACCUGGGCUCCCUCCGUUAGACUCUAGCACAACCUGCAUUGGAUACAGUCAAUACGUCAUGUUUUACAACGAGAGGUUGGAUGGAGUUACUUAUGAUGGAUACAAAUAUCGAACCAACACUGAAUUAUGUGAAGUAAUCGUAGAAGGUUGUAAGAAGCCGGGUGUUUAUGGGAGUAAUUGUAACUUGACAUGUCCGGUCACUUGUAAGGAACAGAGAUGUAACAUCGCAAAUGGGACGUGUUUUGAAUGUCUGCCUGGAUGGAUGGGAACAUUUUGUGAAAAUAAAUGUAAAAUGGGAACGUAUGGUCCGAACUGUAUCUACAACUGUAGUGGUCAUUGCCUUAAUGAUGGCAUCUGUAACAGAGAGACUGGAUAUUGUGACACUGGGUGUAAGUCAGGAUAUACAGGACGAUAUUGUAAUAUGUCUUGUUCUCCCGGAUACUUUGGAAACUUAUGUAAGAAAACAUGCAGUAAUCACUGUUUAUACAGCAGAAUUUGUCGACACACAGAUGGGAAAUGUGUAGAUGGGUGUGCUGAUGGAUACAUAGGGGAGAGGUGUAACAUAUCAUGUGAAAAUGGCCGUUUUGGUACAAAUUGUUCUAAUGUCUGCACAGAGAAAUGUAUCGAUGUAUGUCGACACACUGACGGGGUUUGUAACUGUUCCCCCGGUUACAUGGGAUUCAGUUGUAUCAAAGAAUGUGAUGGUUCCUAUGGAAUAAACUGUCAACAUGAAUGUAGCAACAACUGUAUCAAUAAGACGUGUGAUAAAAUCAAUGGAAUCUGUACAGCAGGAUGCAAGGAGUCUUUUCGAGGCACAAAAUGUGAUCAAGGUUACGAUUCUAACCGUUCCUUGUCGAUAGGCCUGGCGAUUUCAGUUGCGACGAACAUUAUUACUAUAAUAGCAAUUGUAGUCUGCAUAGUUUUAUCAAGACAAGGUUAUCUGACUCUGAAAGCAAAGAGCAAACAAGCUACACAAAGGCACAGCCAUGAAAGUACAGACAAAAAUACGGAUGUAACAGAGGAAAACAACGCAUCUACUUAUCUUGAAUUAAAUAUAUCGGGAAACAAUGAUAUAUACCAGGAACUAAGUGUGGCUGCAACCGGAAGUGAAUACCAAAAUCUUGCAUUAAGCUGAAUAGAACACUCCUGCAGGCGUGAUUUCAUGAGUGAUGUUCUGAAGAUGUGUGCAGUUAGAAUAUACUCUAAAAAGUUUUAAUUUGACUUUGACCUAAUAACGUCCCCUUUUCUAAUUAAUCUAAUUCAACACAUCAUGUUGUACAUUGAUUUCAAAAUUCAAUUUCAUAUAAUUUUCUUUCGUUUGAUAAUUAUCAAUACAUGUAUAAAGAAAUAUAUUGUUCACACUGUAAAAUUGACUUUUGAA